AUGAGACUCUACACUAUUUCUACUAUGGCUUUGCUCUUUGUGACAUCAAUUGCCGAUGAUUGCAUUUGCACUAAGGCAGGAACUGAACGCGCUUGUAAAGCGGCUAAGGGCAACAUGAAAGGCGAAUACUGUAGCACGAGCGACGCCUCUGCAUUCCUUACUUCACUUCUCCAAGAACGCAUUCACAAGGCCACCAAAAUGCGUCAGAUCCAGAAGGUAGAAGCCAUUAUUUAG